AAAUUAGAGGCAGUAGGACGUGCAGUUCGUGGGAAUGACAAACCAUUUGGUGGUAUUCAACUUAUAUUGUGUGGAGACUUCUUGCAAUUGCCACCAGUUGCAAAGCCUGGAGAGAAACGAAUAUUUUGUUUCCAAACUUCUGCUUGGGAUCGCUGUGUAAGUGUAAAUGUAGAACUGACUGCAGUUCGACGACAAGACGAUCAGGAAUUUAUUAACAUCCUACAAUCAAUUCGUCUUGGAAGGUGUACAGAAGACAUGGUCAAAUGCUUAAAAGAAACUGAAAACAACAAUGUGGAGAGGGACGGUAUAAAAGCGUCAAGGCUGUGUACACACCGUGAAGAUGUUAACCAUAUCAAUCAAGAGUAUCUUAAUAAACUAACAGGGAAUGGAAAAGUGUUCCAGUCCAUAGAUAGUGACCCAAGUCUGUCUUCACUCCUGGACUCUCAAACUCCUGUGAUUGACAAGCUAAUACUCAAAGUUGGUACUCAAGUUAUGCUCAUGAAAAAUCUAGAUGUUGGCCAAGGACUGGUUAACGGUGCUAGAGGGGUAGUCACUGGCUUCAAAUUGGGAACAGAAGGAAAUCCAGUUGUGAGAUUCUUAUGUGGAGUGACAACAGAAAUCAAACAUGAAAAAUGGACAGUGAGAGCUUCAGGAGGUGUUUUCUUGACUAGAAGACAGUUCCCUCUGAAGUUAGCAUGGGCCUUUUCCAUACAUAAAUCUCAGGGUAUGACUCUAGACUGUGUCGAGAUGUCCUUGUCACGGGUGUUUGAGGCAGGCCAGGCUUAUGUUGCACUCUCUCGUGCCAGAAACUUGAAAGGACUACGAGUGUUAGAUUUCAAUCCCACGUGUGUACGGGCUCAUCCCGAUGUUCUCAAAUUUUAUCAAGGACUAAGAAGGGCUCGCUAUGAAGAACAACAGUCAAUUGAACACUAUCUCUGAUGGUUCUCUUGUAAACUUUUAAUACUGUAUGUAUGUUCAACAAUAAUGAUAAAGAAAAUGC